UGCUUUGUCGCACUUCUCUUUCUCUUCCCAUAAGUCGUACGUCUCUCUGCUCCCUGCUCAUUUGUCUUUCACUUUCUCCGACAUGUGCUUGUCUGCUUCUUCAGAUGUGCUGCUGUACCUUUUGCACUGAAGAAACCUUCUGAUGUUUUUUUUUUUUUUCUGUCCUGUUGGACUGAGAACAGGCGUGCACAGCUUCUUCAGCUGGGCUUUCUACGGUGAAGGGGGCAGGACUCGUGCCGCACACAUAUACACAAACACGUGUUCCUGUCCGUUCAAAGGUGAGUAUUCUCAGGGCAAGGGUUACUUACUUCAACACACACAUACACACCCAUCCAUGUUGGCGACGGUUUAUCAGGGAAAGUGGAGCUCUCCUCUCCUGCGGAGCUCAUCUGUUCCUGUGCCACCCUGCAAACCCCCUGUAGACAUUAGUGGGCUUUCCACACUCCCCACCCAAGGGGCAGGUGGAACACACACAUUCGCACUAACCAAACACCUCCUACUGAGUGGCAUUGAAUAGGACAGCUGCCCAGGAGGUUAGGGCCAACUGCUUUAUGUGUAAUGCAGCCACCAUCAAAGCCAGUUGUUUUGAAGAGACAGGAUGUGAGGCAGGAUGUCCAGAUUAAAUAACAGACCUAUUAAUGUCAACCUGACAACAGCGCAAGAGAGGAGAAAACUCUUCAGAACUUUAGCUGUCAUAAUUCGAUACACCAACGGAACAAUGCUUUUUGAUUUCAGAUAAAAUAAUCCUGAAGUCAUGCGGAUCUGUGAAGAAUUCAUUGGCUUUUUAUGCACAGUCAUAUAUAUACAAUAUCAGUGUUCCUGUGCGGCGUGUGUUCACAGGGUGUAUGGUGUGGGAACGGAGAUAGGGGAGAUCCCUGUGUUGUUCACGGCCCGGGCGGGCGGGUUGUCAGGGACGGGCCCGGGUGAUGAAGCCUGUGAGGAGUUUGCAGAGCUGUUCCACUCAACAAUGGUAAGAAUCGUCAGAUCUUUGCCAUCAGAACAGACUUUGCGAUCCGAGAGAUUCUUCAGGAAUUCUUACCCGUCUUUCUAUCUCAUAUCUGUGUCGUGGAUCACCUCUGGACAUUUUCCCAAACCCUUUCUGGAAUUUAUUUUCAGUGCUAUAAGAAAAACAAUGAUGAAGACACACACUGAGAAAGUCUUUGUGAUACCUUCAGCAAGCACAUAUAGUGGAGCAGAUGGUGGCCCUCAUUGGAGCUUUUCCCCUGUUUGGCGCCUCUCUGCAGAAGCCUUUCAGGGAGUACCUUGAGGCCCAGAGGGCAAAAUUACAACACCGGGCAGCGCGCAGAAGAGGCCACCCCAAUCGUAAGUCCCAUCACUCAUCUCUUUCGUUCAACCUUUAAAUUUGCCUCAAUCCCAGACGUGGCUUUUGUAUUUUUGUAUAUUUUUCCUCCAUUCCUCCUUUUAAUUUAUUACGCGCACCCCUAUUUCUUUUUUGUUCCACAUCCUAAUUACCUCCCUGCCCUAAUUAUCGCUUCGAGACUGGUUUUAUUCUACCGUGUGAUUCUGUUGAGGUGUUAUUGUUUGCAUGUGGUAGACCAUAGUGUCAGGGGCUCCGCGUGGGCCGUGCGGUGGUUGGUUGCGGGGGCCUGUUCAGGGUCUGGCUGAGGAGAGAUGCUGAGUCAUACUCCGAGCUCUUUGAGUGAACCGGACACUCCCCCGCGUCACACUAAACCCCCCGAACCCUGUUGAACCAGCGCAGGCUGCCGGAGACGGGAGGGGCCCCUGGGAGUAAAAGAAGAAGGAGGAGGGUUGGGGGACGUUGGGAAGGGAAGCAGGAGGAGGGGAGAGGUUGAGGCUGUACUCUCGAUUCCUGCCACCGCUGUUCCCUCACAAGUGCGCACGGAAACAAAGAGCUACACCUUUUUUUUUUUUUACCUUCGUCUGCCCGUGUGCAAAUCAUCUAAAGUGUGUUUCAUCUAAAGCGCUUUUCCAGCUCGUGUGCAUGCGUGCGUACGUGUGGGAGGAGGAAAUGAAAGAGAGAGAUAGAGAGAAAGAAAGAGAUGAAGUUGCACAAUGAGAGAUUACGGAUGUUUCUGGAACAAUGUUCCUUUUUUCUGGUAACUUGAACCUCCUGCGGUUACUUAAGGAAAGCUGCGGGCUUGUUCAACCGGUAGGAAGUAACGAUGCCACCGUGCGCGUGUCACUAACGUAAAUCUUGUUUUAAAGAUACAGGGAGAGAUUGGAGGGAAAUGCAUGUGGAGUUGAGUGAUUGCUUAACCUGAGAUGUUUCUGACGAGUUAAUGCAUUGAUGAUUAAGCAUAAUUGACUG